GUUGCUUCUUCUGGCUUCGUAAUUUUUUUUCAUUGCUUUAUUAUUUUUAUUAAACACACCAAAACCCUGUCCCUCCUCAUUAAAACAAUACUCUCAAUACUCUAAAAAAAAUACUCUACCCUACCCCUUCUUCUUCGUUCCCACCAUUUUCCUCAUCAUACUAUUGUCAUUUUUUAAAAGCAGCACUACGCUUGUCUUUCAAUUUUCUACACGUUCAACCUCAAAAAGAACCCAAAGCUACAUAUCUAUUUUCCCCGCAACUACAAAAACUCAUCCAACCCCCAUUGGUGUUCUCGCACUUCUCAAAUUCUCUUUAACAUCCUCAUCAACCCAGAGCAUCCUUUAUCUCCACCUGAAUUGCUUCGACUUCCUCUUCUGCGUUCGCUUCGUGUUGCCCUUACCCUGCAAUCGCUCUAUCAUCAGCUUGAUACACUACAUACUUGCUCUCUUACUCCUCGUUGGGUUCCAAAAUACGAUCAUCAUGGUGAAAGACACUCAUGCUCAUAAAGCCUUACUUGACGCCAAGGACCAGCUGCUUGCAGCUUAUGCCUCCGUUCAUUCAUCCCUUGGCCAUUUGAUCGGGCUCGUCCAACACUCUGAUCCGCGUGUCAUUGCCGAGACCUUGGGGACCGGCUCUGGUCUGCCUAUUCCUGCUCAUGCUGCUCGCUAUGGUCACACACCUCAGUCUGCACAACAGCAGGUCUCUCAGCAUUUGCCCUCACAUCACCCCCACGGCCGCCAGGUUGCCCAAAACGGAACGACAGGCCCAAGCUUCACUGCCGUCACCCCCUAUGCGCCCCACAAUCGAACUCAGUACAAUCCCAAUCCUCAUCUUCAAAACUCAGGUGGUUUCACAGCACCCGAAUCCGAGGACGAAGCGGAUGAUGAUGAUGACGAAAACGAGGACCCAAGUGAAGAAGAACAUGCGGGAGCCAUACAUGCCCCUCAACAUACGUAUGCACCAGCCGCUGAACAACCAGUAGGCAAGAAGGGACGUGAGAAGAAGGUGAAAAAAGAGCGUGACCCGAACGCACCCAAACGUCCUGCGUCUGCAUAUAUCCUCUUCCAAAAUGCCGUACGUCAAGAGAUGCGAGCUGCGAAUCCUACAGCAGAUUACAAAGAAUUGGCUCGUCAGAUUGGUGAUCGAUGGAAAAGUCUCGAUGAAGAGGCUAAAAAGCCAUGGUCCGAAGCCGGUAAACAAGCUAUGUCAUCUUGGAAUAUCCAAAAUCGCGAAUACAAAAGUUUACACCCUGAGGCCGCCACACAAACCACAUCGCCUCAUGCCCUUUCGAAUGGAUCAUCUGUCGCAGCUGCUCCUCCUAAACGUCGAAGAACGGUCCCUACCCUUGACGCAGACGGUAAUCCGAUCAAAAAGAAGCGAGGUCGUCCCAGCAAAUCUGAUAAGGUAGAAGAAGUCGCCCCAAUCCAACCUCAGCAACCACAGCCUGUCUCUGUUGCUCAACCAAAGUUUGAGCACCGCCCUGAACAUGCUCCUCAACAAGUUCGGAUGGGAAUUACCAAUGGUAUCGGUCAUCAAGCAGUUGUCCCUCAACAACAUUUUCGACCUACUGGUCAGGCUGUUGUGGCUGGAGAUGAUGACGAAGAGGAUGAUGCGGCCGAGGGUGAUACUGAUUCAGAUGGCGGCGAGAGAAUCAAACCGCCAUCCGCUCACUCGCAACCACCUGCAAUUCAAACUGCUGAAGAAGAAGAUGAGGAUGAGGACGCUGAAGAAGAAGAAGAGGAGGAAGAAGAAGAAGAAGAAGAGGACAGUGAAAGUGAUGGCCCCGCGGGUAAGAAAAUGAGACCGAAUGCAUAGAGAAGCAAACCAGAAGGAUGCAGAGAGGUGAUCGGGGAUGUGAAAUAGUUUAUGGGAUUCGAAAAGGUUGCCUUUGUGAAUAGGCUGUUUAUGUUUAGUAUCUUGAUUUCUUUUUGUCUCUUCUCCUGCGAUCCAAGAAAAAAAAAUCACAAAAAUUGGUUUUGUUAUCAGACUUGAAAUUGGACUGCUGCUGUGUUUUGCUCUGGCUCUCUGCUUAAUGGAUAUGCUUUUGUCUACUAUCACUGGG